AUGCGGGAAGUCAACUUCAGCAUCCCCAAUGUGAACAAGGCCUCGGUCAACAUCACCACCACCCUCUAUGACCGUCGUGCCCUUGAUUGCACAUCGACCCUUCCACUCAUCAAUUCCCUCAACCACCUGGCAUACCUCACAACCUCGUCGGCAAGGAUUCGGGACAUUUUGACCGUCGAUGGCGGCAUCGAACGACUCGUAUGCAUCCUGAAGGAGGGCAGGAGUAAGGAUUUGAUGGAAAUGUGGAAAUGGAGUCUCGCCUUCCAAUGUGUUGUCAAUAUCGGAGUACGAGGCUCGGAAAGUGUGCGCACCCGCGUGGUUGAAGCCGACAUGGUCCCCGUGAUUGCCACCAUUCUGGACAACUACAUCAAGGUGGUGGACAAAGUGCGAUCGCGCGCCGAUCCCGAGGCACAAAAGCACGCCUCGAGCCGCCAGGCUGUCAAGACCGGCUCCUCAAGUCGCGAGGCCUCUGGACGGACAGCCCCCGCGGACUCAAGCAGUCACCCCGAAGCCCAUCCCUCCUCCCGCCGACAGGCUCCUCCCCCAAGCAUCGAAAUUCCUCAGCCUUACUACCAAGAUAACCAACCAACCGACUCCGAUGCGAUGGAUAUCACUUCCCCUCCCCAAGCGCCCAUGACAUCACCCCCCGAACGAAGUACAUUCCGACAGGAUGUCCAUAGCCACCGAGCCCACGAUGGCCGGUACUCUCGGACGAGUCACCGCCUGCGAGCAAUGCAACCCCUCGCGACCGCCGUUCCCCCGAUCGAUACCGCCGAGGCCUUUGGUUUACGUCCCGUGCGUGACGCGGAGCGCCUCCCCAGCAUGCUGCCUGGCCUGCAAACCGGCAUCAUCUCACAACCCGACUCACCGACAACACCAAGCGGACUCAUUCAGCCUCAGUCCCGAAGCAUUCCUCAAGCGGCACCCGCACGGCAGCGACCUGCGAUUCGGCAGCAACCAUCGGCCUCGGGUGAAUCCGACGAUGCAAAUGGCGAGGACUCGACAAUGGGGGAUGAUACCGUUUUGGGACAGAAUCCUGAGCCCAUUGUUGGACUGCCUAACCGAAUGGAGAUCGACGGUGUUGAUGGGCAACAGACGACGAUGAUCGACGAUAUUUCUCCCGCACAUGGCCUAACAGUGACUGACCCUUCAGAAGAGGGCCAGGAUGCUGAGACAUUCAACAUCGCCCAUCGGUCUGCCGUUGAUGGCAGCAUCAUCAACAACAACGGCACCACGCAACCCAACGGCGGACUGGGUCUUUCUCCCACUCAAGCUCCGAACAACCCCAACUCCCCAACUCUUGCCCCUAGCCCCUAUGCCAUGUACCUCCGCGAUCGAAACACACCCGCGACUCAAAGCGUCCUCACCACCAUGCCUCGGGAUGAGGACGUCUUGAUGUCCCUGCAGCUCUUGGCUUAUGUAUCCAAGUACUGCAAUUUGCGUUCGUAUUUCCAGCGCUCCCACCUCGUGCCAAAACUGAAGAUCGAUCGGGAGUUGCAUCUUCUUGAUGAGAAUGCCGAGCCAUCUUCUCCCGUUGAGGUCGAGGAGGAGGACGAGUACUUGCUGCCUGAUGAUGUUAAUAUCUUCCCGCUGGUUGAGAAGUUCACCGUUCGGCACCACUCGAAGGACAUGCAGUACUGGGCCUGCGUUGUCAUGAGAAACCUCUGCCGCAAGGAUGAGUCGCGAGGCGGCAUCCGCCAAUGCGCCUACUACAAGUGUGGCAAGUGGGAGGAAUUCCAGCGCCAGUUCGCCAAAUGCCGUCGCUGCCGCCGCACCAAGUAUUGCAGCAAAGACUGUCAAAAGGCUGCGUGGGUCUACCACCGCCACUGGUGCCAUACAACUCCUUGA